AUGGGUGCUUUCCCUCCUCCUCCGGUCAACACUAUUGACUGGUCCAAUGUCGGGUUCCGGAUCCGUGAAGUCAACGGCCACAUCGAAUCGACGUACUCGGUGCACACCGGCAAGUGGACGCCGCUCAAGUAUGUGACGGACCCCUUCAUCCGCAUCCACGGCAUGGCGCCGGCCCUCAACUACGGGCAGCAGGCCUACGAGGGCCUCAAGGCCUUCCGCCUGCCGGGCGACCAGGAGAUUGCGCUGUUCCGCCCGGACAAGAACGCCGUGCGCAUGCAGCACUCGGCCGAGGUCGUGUGCAUGCCGCCCGUGCCGGAAGACCUCUUCGUGCAGGCGUGCAAGGCCGCCGUGGCGCUCAACGCGGGCUUCGUGCCCCCCCACGAGACGGGCGCGGCCAUGUAUAUCCGGCCGCAGAUCUACGGCUCCAGCGCGCAGCUGGGCCUGACGGCGCCCGAGGAGUACACGUUCUGCGUCUUCGUGAUCCCCACGGGCGUCUACCACGGCGUGCACCCCGUCAAGGGCCUGAUCCUCGAGGACUUUGACCGCGCGGCGCCCAACGGCACCGGCCACGUCAAGGUCGGCGGCAACUACGCGCCCGUGCUGCGCUGGAGCGACAAGGCGCGCACCGAGGGCUACGGCAUCACGCUGCACCUCGACAGCGUCAAGCACGAGGAGAUUGACGAGUUCAGCACCAGCGCCUUCAUCGGCGUGCAGACGGGGCCCGGCGGCGCCGACGACAUCACCCUCGUCGUGCCCGACUCCAAGAGCGUCAUCGACAGCGUCACCUCGGACAGCGUGCUGCAGAUUGGCCGGAGCUUCGGCUGGAAGGUCGAGAAGCGGCCCAUCAAGUACGGCGAGCUGAGCUCCUUCAGCGAGGUCUUUGCCGCGGGCACCGCCGCCGCGCUGGUGCCCAUCCGGAGCAUCACCCGGCGCGGGACAAAGGGGCUCGGCGGCGCAAAGAACGUGACCGUCUCGGGCAACGAGGAGACGGUGACGUACAUCCCCGAGGGCCAGGAGGAGCCGGGCCCGGUGUGCUUGAAGGUGUUGGCCGAGCUCAAGGGCAUUCAGCUGGGCAAGCGGGAGGAUAAGUUUGGCUGGCGCUUUACGAUUAGCGAGGCUGAUACGAAGGGCAUUUUGGGGACGGAGAAUGGGGCGACGGAUGCGGAGACGGUGGAUCAGAUGGAUUGA